AGUUUGGCACUGGGAGACGUGAGAGUUGGACGUUUCAGAGAAGGGAGAAGUCGCUGAAUAAAGGACCACUAAAAAGUUUGACGGAUGUGAGAAGACUGUUUCGGAGUUGUGGGCUAUAGCUAAUUUAUCGGAAUGACAUUUUAGUGGGAAUAUCAUUUACAGGCAUAUUCAUAUAGUUUACUUGAAUGUCCGCGAUAAAAUAUAGAAUCGAUGCCACCACGUAAUCCGAGGAUUGUUUGGAUAUUGAAGCAGGGAUUGUGAACCAACACAUCUGUCAAGGGGUUAUAUGAACGUAUCCACACUUACUAUCUCAAAUGAAAAUGUAAACAGUCCUUCAGGUCCCUAUAAAGAGUGUGAUACCAACAGUGCCAGAUAAAGUAGUCCACUGCCAGUAGAUCCUCUGUCUACAGUCGGUGGUGUUCUGGCGCCCUCUGUUGUGUGACGAGGGAAGGCCAGGGACAGACAGGAUGGAGAACGUGUUUGAGGAGGGGAUGAACCCUGUUAUCAUUGCCCACUACAACCACUCUGGGAAGUGGGGUCGACCUCGGAGCAGUGCGGCCUGUAAGACUGUUGUCCUCCUCCUCAUCUGUGUCCUCAUCGUGCUGGAGAACAUCACAGUGCUGCUGGCGCUGUGGAGGAACAAACGCUUCCACAGUCGCAUGUACUUCCUCAUCGGUAACCUGGCCCUGUCUGACCUGUUGGCUGGGGUGGCCUAUAUGGUUAAUAUCUUCACCUCUGGUAGCAGUACCUUCUUCCUGACGCCGGCCCAGUGGCUGGCAAGAGAGGGAAGCAUGUUCGUGGCCCUCAGUGCAUCCACUUUCAGCCUACUGGCCAUCGGUAUCGAGAGACACAUGACCAUGGUUCGUCUGUGCAAGGAGGCGGGGCGGGGGAGGUUACUGGGGCUGCUGGGGGCAUGCUGGGCCGUGUCGGUGCUGCUCAGUGCCCUGCCUUCCCUGGGCUGGAACUGCCUGGAGCACCUGGCCUCCUGCUCUACCGUGCUGCCCCUCUAUGACAAGAGUUACGUGGCCUUCUGCAUCAGCGUGUUUAGCGCCCUGCUGGUGGCCAUCAUCAUUCUCUACAUCCGCAUCUACCGGCUGGUGACGUCCAGCGGGCGGAAGGUUAGCAGCAGGCCCUCGGAGCACUCACUGGCCCUGCUGAGGACGGUGGUAAUAGUUCUGGGGGUGUUUGUGAUGUGCUGGGCCCCGCUGUUCCUGCUGCUGCUACUGGACGUGGGCUGCAGUCCGGAGCGGUGCCCUGUGCUCUACCAUGUGGACUGGUUCAUUGCCCUGGCUGUGCUCAACUCAGCACUCAACCCCCUCAUCUACACCCUGUCCAGCAGGGAGAUGAGAGCAGCUUUCUUCAGGCUGCUGUGCUGCUAUCAGCCUCAACUGGAGGCCCCAGCCCCCAUGGCAGGGAACCCCCACCUGGGGACUGUCAUCCCCACGGCUGAGAACAGCAAGUCCAGUGUGGGGGGAGGAGGUAGUGGGAUAACGGGGGCGGCAAAGUCUCUGACCCGGGGGAAGAUUGCAACGCCCCUGAACUCUAACAACCAGCAUUUAGACCCCUCCGCCCCCACGGUGCCACACCUCUCUGGACCGGCCGACCUUCUGUCAGCGGUGCUGGUCAAGGCUGGGGCACUGCCCUCCCUCAGCAAGUUCUGACUGGACAGCUAAUUCACUGUAGACUGGUCCCAGAUAUGUAUGCGCUCUAGUAGUCUAGCCAACUACUCUGACUAUCGUUGUCAUGCCAUGUUUGUCAUAGUUGGCUAAUGCACAUCCAGAUAUUGGACCAGGCUAGAUUCACACGACAUGGCUAGCUGACAAUGCUGUGUGUGGGCAUUGUACAGGCAUGAACAAUGAGACAAUUUCAGUAUGUACUGGUGAAAGUAAUGACAGAGGAGACCUUGGGUAAACACUUGGAUGAGGUUUCUACUGAUGAACCUUCUGUAAAUACAUUCAAAGGACUUACAUUGAACCUUUGUACCUAAUACAUAAUUUACAUAACUAUGGAACACAAUGCAAAAUGUUACCAAGUCAUGCAAAAGAGCAGGGCUGUUUAAUGUUGGUCCUGGAGGGCCAAAACACUUCUGUUUUUCAUCUUCUCUUUCUAACCAGGGACUGAUUCAGACCUGGGACACCAGGUGAGUGCAGUUGACUACCAGGUACAAACAAAAAUCAGAAGUGUUUUGAAUUGAACAGCCCUGUAAUAGAGCAUAAUAUAGCUUUAUUAACUAUAUAUAGUGUUGGAUCAGUGGAUGAAUUGCUUAUAAACUGUUUAUAUGUGUGUAAUAGAGGAUGGGUGGUGUGCAACUAAAAGUAGGAUCACUGUGUAUUGCACAUGCAGUCUAUUGUUUUUCUGAUUCACCUGCCUUUCCCUUUCUAUGUCAGCACAGGGUAUUUAUUUUCAAUGAAGACCAAGGCCUUCUUAGUGCUAUGAACUGUGUGACAAUCCUUUGUGUGUAUGCCUUAACUGUAUAGUGAGUAAAAUAUUGAUUUUGUAAUGAUUUGAAGUUUACUGCCAGAGUAAAGAACGUGUCAAUAUCGAUUAUGGUAACUCUCAGCAACAUAGAUGCAAGACAACACAAAUUAUUUAACCAACAAUGGACUAAGUUACAUUUAAAUCUUGAGUGGUGUGGUGUCUAAAACCAUUACAUACCAAUUGAAUAAAAACGAUUCUUGCUUCAUAAGCAUUGGUAGCUUUUCGUGGUUUUGUAUGUUAGGCUCUCAUGUAAUGCAUUCUCAGAGUAGUUACUGCACACAACAACAUUGCAGCAUGUUUUCUCACAAUAUUAUGUUUUAAUUCAAUUUGCUACUGUAUGUAGACAUGACACAAGUUACAUUUGAACUUGUUUUAGUUAAGGGCCAUAUCCCAAGCCUUAAUCAUCCCAAUUUUAACAGGGAUCCUAAUCCACGAGAUAAUAAACAUACUAUCAUUAAUGAGACAGAAUAAAGGUAUAUUUUAAUGGUUUAUUAACUCUUCAGAUGAUACCGUUUAAUAUCCUCAUAUAAAAUAUCCAGGCCAUUCAUUCAACCCGUUCACACAAAAUUUGCAUGCUAUUCUUUCAGAAAUUAAUCUUGCAUAUCAUGAAAGGAUGACGCAUUUCAACAACUCAAUCUGUUUCACACUGCUACCUAGUGGGGAAAGAAAGGAAUUAGAGAAGGGAGGCUGCAUCAGGUACUGCUGGAAUGUCUACCAAUGAAUGGCAUGUCCAUCUUUUUGUGAGAAAUUACACUGGCCACUCAAAACAUUUAUAAAGUACAAAUGAGUCAGUAAUUAUUAGUAAAUGGUUUAUAAGGAACUAUAUUAAACAUCUCAUGAAUUAUCUUAUGAAUCAUUAUUAUAUACUUUAAAAGUUGUUUAUAAAUGUGUGAAUAACUAGCUUACUAAUAUUUACAAAUGUGGGAAUGGUCUUUUUGGGCUCAACUGUUAAUGAAUGGUGUGGCUGUUGAACAAUUUGAGGAGACUAAAUUACUUGGCGUUACUUUAGAUUGUAAACUGUCAUGGUCAAAACUGUCACGCCCUGAUCUGUUUCACCUGUUCCUGUGAUUGUCUCCACCCCUUCCAGGUGUCACUUAUUUUCCCCAGUGUUUUCAUCCCUGUGUUUCCUGUCUCUCUGUGCCAGUUCGUCUUAUAUGUUUCCAAGUCAACCAGCGUUUUUCCCGUUCUCCUGCUUUUUGCAUUCUCCUUUUUCUAGUCCUCCCGGUUUUGACCCUUGCCUGUUUCUGGACUUUGUACCCGCCUGCCUGACCAUUCUGCCUGCAUUCAUGACGAGCCUGUCUGCCACUUUGUACCUCCUCGACUCUGAUCUGGUUUUGACCUUUUUGCCUGUCCACGACCAUUCUCUUGCCUACUCCUUUGGAUUAAUAAACAUUGUAAGACUCCAA